ACACGUAUUUAGACGAGUUCGCUGGGUCUUUAGCACAAGACGUUGUGACUUCAUCUCCAAUCUAUGAACAGGGCAACAUGACGAGUCGUCCUAAGAAAGACGUUGUGACUUCAUCUCCAAUCUAUGAACAGGGCAACAUGACGAGUCGUCCUAAGAAACGCAGGGCUAUUAAUUUGGCUUCCGACGGCUCAUCGCGUUCGACCGUUAAUUCGCUAGCUACUACUACAUCUGAGUCAAUGCGUUCAUCAACUGGUGAAUGUUCUAAAAAGGUAGCACCUGACGUCAGUGCAAUGGGUGCUAAAUCCUCCACCAUUGCCCCACGAGGUGAGAAUAUCUUUACCCGAUUGAUUUGUUCGAGCAAAUCCCUUUACGUAACAAUUAACUCAUUCCGUGGGAAACGUUAUGUACAUAUUCGGGAAUAUUACAAUGGGUACCCUACGAAGCGUGGGGUAGCAUUAACAAUGGAACAGUACAACAAUUUCAUUGAAAUUUUACCCCAAAUCAACAGUGUUAUCAGGAAACAGAAAACUAAUGGAUAAACUGAUUUUAAAAAAAAAUGUAGCUGAAUUUAUCUGUUCACAAGUCAGACACAUCGUUCGCUCCAAUUGUCUAGGUUGUCAAAUAG